ACCCCGCACAGGCAGAAAGCUCGUUGAGAUGGGAUCGAAAUCACGACGUCGGUCCAGCUCCAAGUCCAGAAGUCGGAGCCGGGACCGGCGAAACAGAUCCCGGGUGAGCAGGUCUCGAUCCCCGGAGCAAAGGAGAGGACGCAGUCGGUCUGCGGACCCAAAAAGAGCCGCUCGUGGACGGGGACGGUCGGACAGCAGGAACUCCAGCGAUGGCUCCGCUGAGCGGCGGCGGCCUCAGCACAGGGACCGUCCAGGAUCCAGGAGCAGCUCCGAGAGCGACAGGAGGCGAGGAGGAGGACAGCACCGUCCCAGGAGCAAGUCGAGGGGUCGAUCAUCGAGUUCUGAUUCAGGUGAUCCCAAAGUGAGGAGGAGAAAGGAAAAGAGGGACCGAAGAGGAACAUCUCGAGAGAGGAGGAGGGGAAAGUCCCAGUCCGGCUCUGACUCCCGAGAUGGAAGCAGCGACAGAGAGAGGAGACGACGGAGGAGUCCUGACCGAGGGAGUCCAAUCAGAGACAGACAGAGGAGGGAGCGAGACAGAGACAGAGACAGAGAGAGGUGGGAGAGCAACAGCAGAGACAGAAAAGGAGACAAAAGCAGAGAGCGUAGGAGGAGCGAAGACAGGGAGCAAGGGAGGAGCAAAAGAAGCAGCGAGAGGGCCGACAGAGACAGAGGGAGAAAGCGCUCCAGCUCACCCGAGUCGUCUGAUAGCUCGGGGUCUGAACGCGAAGGCCGUACAGUCAAAGAGAAGGAGGAUACGAAAAAGCAGAAGGAGAUGAUGAAAGCUCUGGAGACACCGGAGGAGAAGAGGGCUCGAAGACUGGCAAAGAAGGAAGCAAAGGAGAAGAAAAGGAGGGAAAAGAUGGGCUGGAGUGAGGAGUACAUGGGAUACACCAACGCUGACAAUCCCUUUGGUGACAACAACUUGUUGGGCACAUUCAAAUGGCAGAAGGCGUUGGAUAAGAAAGGCAUCGGCCAUCUGGGUGAGAAAGAGCUCAAAGAAAGAAACAAAUGUAUUCAGGAGGAGAAUCGCAGAGAGCUGCAGAAGGUGAAGCAGCUGCGUCUGGAGAGGGAGCGGGAAAAGGCCAUGAGAGAGAUGGAGCUGGAGAUGCUGCAGAGGGAGAAGGAGGCAGAGCAUUUUAAGACCUGGGCUGAACAGGAAGACAACUUCCAUCUGCACCAGGCCAAACUAAGGUCUAAGAUUAGAAUCCGUGAUGGUCGUGCCAAGCCUAUUGACCUUUUGGCAAAGUACAUCAGCGCAGAAGACGACGAUCUCGCCGUGGAGAUGCAUGAACCUUACACCUUCCUCAAUGGGCUAACAGUCACCGACAUGGAUGACCUGCUGGAGGACAUUAAGGUGUACAUGGAGUUGGAGCAAGGGAAGAACGUGGACUUCUGGAGAGACAUGACGACCAUCACCGAGGAUGAGAUCAGCAAACUGAGGAAACUGGAGGCGUCUGGGAAAGGACCAGGUGAUCGUCGCGAGGGCAUCAACACAGCUGUGAGCACCGAUGUCCAGAUGGUGUUCAAAGGAAAGACGUACAGCCAGCUGCAGGCGCUGCACCUCAACAUUGAGACCAAGAUUCGAGCUGGAGGAUCAAAUCUUGAUAUCGGUUACUGGGAGAGUCUCCUGCAGCAAGUCAGAGUCUACAUGGCCAGAGCAAGGUUAAGAGAGCGACACCAGGAUGUGCUGCGUCAGAAGCUCUUCAAGCUGAAACAGGAACAAGGAGUGGAAAGUGAACCAUUGUUUCCCAUCAUCAAAGAGGAGCAGACGAGUGACGACGAUGAGGAGCCCACAACAGAGGAGCCCGGCCAGUCUUCAUCCUCCGCAAGAAAUAAGAAUAGAGAAGAUGAGGAUGAGGAGGCAGGUCCAUCAACAUCCGCAGCAGGAGACCAAGACGAGGACGACAGAGGAAAGAAAGAUGACAAGAUGGAUGAGGAAAAGGAGGGGGAGGUGGUGGAGGCCGUGCUGACGGAGGAGGAUUUGAUUCAGCAGAGCCAGGCGGAGUAUGACUCUGGUCGCUACAGUCCCACGCUGCUCACGUCCUCUGAGCUGCCACUGGACACACACACCAUCACACCGGAGGAGGACGCACACAGGCUGCAGUUAGCACGCAGACAGCUACAAGUCACCGGUGAUGCCAACGAGAGCGCAGAGGACGCCUUUGUACGCCGCGCCAAAGAAGGCAUGGGCAACGAUGAGGCCCAGUUCAGCGUUGAGUUUCCAGUUACGGGCAAGAUGUACCUGUGGGCGGACAAAUACCGUCCCAGGAAACCGCGCUUCUUCAACAGGGUCCACACUGGUUUCGAGUGGAACAAAUACAACCAGACGCAUUACGACUUCGACAACCCUCCGCCCAAAAUCGUCCAGGGUUACAAGUUUAACAUCUUCUACCCAGACCUGAUCGACAAGCGCUCCACCCCGCAGUACUUCCUCGAGCCCAGUCCAGACAACAAGGACUUUGGGAUCUUGAGGUUCCACGCUGGCCCUCCGUACGAGGACAUUGCCUUUAAGAUCGUAAACAGGGAGUGGGAGUACUCGCACCGACACGGCUUCCGCUGUCAGUUCGCCAACGGGAUCUUCCAGCUGUGGUUCCACUUUAAGAGGUACCGCUACCGGAGAUAGAGGCCACAUACCAGGAUGGACCAAGAACCCAGUCACUGUUAUACAGGCUGUGCUGUCAGUGUGCUUUGUUCCGUUGUUUUUAAACUGCUUUUGAACUAAAAAGCAGUUUAAAAAUACAAAUCAUUCUUUACUGUUAAAUUGUAUGUAGUCUGAAAAUUACACAUUAAAGAUUUUUUCAUUUCUUUACUCUU